GGAAGUUGAAAGACGUGACUACCUGAGAAACAAAACAUUGUGAAAUUUCUGCUUAUUUGUGUUUUUGGACAAGAUCUGAAGUAGAACUGUCGGGCUAUAACAUUUUUUAUCGAUACCAAUAACACCCUUGCUGUAUAGGGAUCUAUAUUAUGUUGUCGGAGAUGACUUAAUCUACAGUAUCCCGAACAAUGUGGUCACCGCAAUAUGCAUUUUCCCAAAAGAUGUCAUCCAGUAUUGGUGACACUACAUAGUCACAAACAGGUGUGCAAGGAUGAGCUACAACCAGAUGCUCUACUCCAAAGUUAGAGAGUAUAUAAUAACAUCAACUGAUGCUCGUCUCCAUGGCAGCAACUCUUCAAUUGGAGCUGCACCUACAUUUUGGAUGUUCACGCUUCCUCAGGCGCCAGAGAAUAGCUACGAUGAGGUAUAUCCUGGAAUAUAUAUGGGAGAUUCGAAAUUUGUUUUGGAUAAAGAACAUCUGAAGAAGCUUGGGAUAACACAUUUAGUGAACUGUUCUCAGGGAAAAAGUUCCAGGGAGAUUAAUACAGACUCAGGAUUUUAUCGUGAUGCUGGUAUAAAAUUUCUGGGUAUCAAGGCUCUCGAUACGACAACGUUCAAUAUGAUGCCUUAUUUCCUGCCAGCCGCAGAGUUUAUAAACAAGGCUUUGAAAGGCGGAGGAAAAGUGUUUAUUCACUGCUUCAAAGGAGUAAGCCGUUCAGCCACCAUAUUUAUUGCCUACCUCAUGCUUAAGUGCAACAUAAAUCUUCUUGAAGCUGCAAAGAUUGUAAGAGCCAGAAGAAAAGUUCAUCCGAAUGACGGAUUUAUACGACAACUUUGUAUUCUCAAUCGUGAUCUCUUCGAGAAAACAUCGGAUUAAAAGGAAUUGCCAUAUUUAUCAACUCCAAUAUCUCCACAUAUCUGCUGAAAUUUGUUGUUAUUUUUGUGUUGUUUGUUUUGCUUUAUGGUAGAAAAAGUGUUUCCAUUUUGUGCAAAAUGUAGAAUGAACAGAUUGCAUAGGUUGUUAAAUUGUUUGACACAAAAUGAUUUGGUAUUGUAUAUAUAUAUAUGUAGAAACAGCAGUAUCAGUCUCUUUUGCUUUUAGAAGUUGUUUUUAUGCUUUAAACUGUUUGCAUAACUUAAAGGUUUUCAGUCAUAAGUAAUUUUUCCGUACAUUUUAAAAUAUUCAGGGAUUUAAGACCAGAUAUUACAAAAAAGCUGCUCCAAUAGGUAUAAUUGUUUGUUUUCAUGAAGUAUAACAUAUAUUUGUAUUGUUUGUUCUUAAGCAAUUUAUGAUACUUUCAUGACUGUUCUCUUGUUUAUACCAUUUUUUUUGCUUUUGAAUUUGUAAAAAUGACUUGAGGUUGUACUCAGUGGUGACAUUUACAAGUUAGGGAACACUUGAACAACUUAGAGAACACCGAAACAACUUAGGGAACACUGAAUCAACUUGGGGAACACUUAAAAAAACACCUUAGGGCACACUUAAAAAAAACAACUUAGGGAACAGUCAGGAACAACUUAGGGAACACUUAAAACAACUUAGGGAACACUUAAAACACAGGGAACACUGAAACAACUUAGGGAACAAUUAAAAAACAGGGAACACUGAAACAACUUAGGGAACACUUAAAAACAACUUAGGGAACACUUAAAAAAUACAACUUAGGGAACAGUCAGAAACAACUUAGGGAACACUUAGAAACAACUUAGGGAACAGUCAGGAACAACACAGGGAACAGUCGGGAACAACUUAGGGAACACUUAGAAACAACUUAGGGAACAGUCAGGAACAACACAGAACAGUCAGGAACAACACAGGGAACAGUCGGGAACAACUUAGGGAACACUUAGAAGUCACAACUUAGGGAACAGUCAGGAACAACUUAGGGAACACUUAGAAACAACUUAGGGAACACUUGAACUGUCAUUAUCAUGAUCAAACAUAGAAUUUCAGAAACAAACAGGAAAAAGUACUCUUUUUUGGGGAAAUUUUCAUUCACAUUUGUACAUAUGGGUAAAUUGUAAAAUGACUCAUCAGGAUUUAACCAAAACAUUUUAAGAUACAAACUUAGUCAGUCCUCCACCUGUUUUAAAUUGGGAAAUUGUAAGUACAUAUGAUUUUUGUUAAUUUAGAAGGAAUAGUGAUACAUACUGAGAACAGUAUAUAUGAAAAUGUAUAUGAUAGUUCAUGCAAAAUAUUAAUCUAGUCGAGAUGCACUUGUUAGCUGCAUUUAGUACACUAAUUCUAUACUGCCAUGUAUAAUGCACAAAUUUGCCAUAAUUAAGUUCUAUUUCCUUUGGUAGCCCAGUAUGUUAAGAUGCCUAAAAUAGAGGAAGCAUGGAUUUCUAAAGAAAAAAAUAAUGAAUGUGAGGAAACAAGAGUUUAGUUAAAACCUAUAUACAAGAUAUUGUUUGAACAUUAUACAAGCUGUACUGCUCAGUUGCAAUGCUACUGUUUGAUCUGCUUUUUCCAUAAUAGCAAGGUUUUUCUUUGAUUUCUCUUUUGAUAUAAGGCAAAUCAUUUUACACUUCAUUUUAAGGAACUCCAAGUGAAUGUUUAAAAUUUCAAAAUGUUUUGAGUAGUUUUGAAUUUAUUGUUGAAAAAGUUUUGAGUAUUUUCAGUUUUUGGCCAUUUUUGACACUGUUCAAAAGUUUUGAUAAGAGUAAUUUCAGUUUUUGGCCAUUUUUGACACUGUUCAAAAGUUUUGAUAAGAGUAAUUUCAGUUUUUGGCCAUUUUUGACACUGUUCAAAAGUUUUGAUAAGAGUAAUUUCAGUUUUUGGCCAUUUUUGAAACUGUUCAUUGAUGGGUUGUGAUAAAACUUUCAGGAUACUUUCAUUAGCACAAAAGCAAUUAUUUCCAUUAAAUUUGUUGAAACUUAUAUCUGGGUCUUACAAAAUAAUGCCGCUGUUCACAAACAACACUGUUACACAUGUGAUGCAUCAGACGGUAAUUGCUGUUCGUAUGUGUAGGAAAAAUAAAUCUGAGUACAAUUAAGUCAGACCAAAAUUGUCAAGCUUGUAUAUUGCAUAAAUUGAAUUCAAGGAUUAGAAGACUUUGUCAAACUAUUAUACUUCAAAGAAAUGUUAGUGAAGAACAUUUGAAAAAGCAUUUUAAUGUACUGGCUAUAAUAUGAAAUAAUUUUAUCUGAUAGUAAUUAUAUAUAGCCAAAACAUAGUUAGCAUUUUAUCUUUUUGAUAUAACAGGAUUAUUAUAUUAGCAUCAACAGGAUCAUAUUUGUACCUGUUUUUAUUAAUUCAAUAAAAAAUUAAUAAUUCAACAGAAAUUUAUGAGUGAAGAAUCAUUCUUUGCUAUUUUCAAGAGACAUUUUGUCAUUUAUCUGUAAAUACUAAAUAUCUUUGUAUUGUAUUUUUGUAUGUUUAUAAAAUUAUGAUGUUUACAUAAAUAAUUCUGUGAUAAUUGUAUAGAUCUACGAUAACAUCUUUAUUUUUGACUCACCAUUGGAUCUUGCUGUGUUUUUUACAAAUGCUGGAUCUUGCACUAUUUUUAUAUACACAUGCCUCCUUUACGAGGGAUUCAUCUUGAUGGGUGAUUUAUAUCCUAAGUGACCUUUAUUUGAUCAAACAUCUUUAAGAGAUGAUUUUAUGAAAGUUAACAUCACUUCAUAGUUUUAAACAAAGUAUUGCAUAGUAGCAGCUUUUAUGCCAAAAAAAGAAUGAGCUGCUGAAAAUCUGUUCUCUUACAUUUAAUUGCAUUUUCAUAAAGUAAUAUUUGAAUGUAUCUGUCAAUUUCCAUAUAUAGCUUGAACUCAUAUUUGAGGUUUUAUUUGUUGGGGACUACUUCUGGUGUCACCUGCACAUUUGGUGGUGUGUUGCCUUUAUUUGCUCACAAAUUUGUCAUUAAUUUUAGGAAUUAAAAGCAUAAUGCACAAAAAAGAAGGCAGUAUAGCUCAUACUUUGUAAGAGGUUAUUAGAUCAGAAUCAUGAAUUAUAUUGAAUCGGACAAAAUCUUGCUGAAAUAUUGACCUAGAUUUCUGAAGACAUUGUACUAAAUUUUCCUUUUAAUAAAUUUUUGCUUGACUUAGAAGUUUUGAAAAUAUGCUAAAUUGUAAAUAUUAGAAUUGAAAAUAAAUUUUAAACAAAUUUUCCACCAAUAAUGUAGAAGAUUUAAUAGGCUGUUUUCCUUUUUUUUUUUGAUUUUUAGCUCGACUAUUCGAAGAAUAAGUAGAGCUAUCCUACUCACCAUGGUGUCGGCAUCACACCUUGGUUAAGUUUUUCAUACCAGUCCACAUUUUGACAAAGUCUUAUGAGAUAAAGCUUUGAAACUUUCAACACUUGUUAACCAUCACCAUUUUCUAGCUUUAGGCAAGACUACAUAACUCCAUCAAGGAUUUUGGAUGAAUUAUGGCCCCUUUUAAUUUACAAAUCUUGGUUAAGUUUUUGGUACCAGUUCAUAUUUUGUGUAAAGUGUUUGACAUAUGGCUUUGAAACUUUUAUCACUUGUUUGUUAUAACAGUCUCUAUUUGUAGGCAAGAGUACAUAACUCUGUCAACUAUUUUGGCCUUUUCGGACUUGGAAAUUGGUACAGUUUUCGGACAAGCCAGUGUUUUGUCAAAACUAUUAGGCAUGUGGCUUUGAAACUUUGAAGACUUUAAAUAAGUUAAGUUUCGCAUACCAUUCCAUAUUUUGUCUAAACUGUUUGACAUAUGGCUUUGGAACUUUAAACACUUGCUUACCAUCAUGGUCAAACAUUGCCAUAUAGUGCAAGACUUAAAUACAUUCAAAUCCACAAAUACAGGUACAUUGUUUGUCUUAUCUAUUUUUUUCUUUUGUCUGAAAAUCUCUGGUAAUAUUUUGACCCCAUACUUCCAUCAAGUCUUCGAAUAGUUGAGAGUGCUGUCAACAGACAGCUCUUGUUUUGCAAAUUUCUCUUUCUAAAUUCUGGGUCUGAAGCUUUUUUAAGUCUGUAAAUUAAGCCUUAAAGCUAAAUAUAGUCAGUCAUAAAGUGGUGUGUAGAAAUGUUAGGACCUCUAUACAUGUCGUUUUCACACUGCAGAAGGUGCCUACAUUGCUCGCUUACAUCUAUGAUUAAAUGUUACUUUAUGUAAAUUUCACUAAACCGAAUAUGACAGCUGCCUUUAAAACAGUUUCAAAGGACUUAUAUUCCAAGUUGAUAUCAGUUUAGACUUAAUAUUACUACAUUGUUUAGAAACUUUUUCUUGAACCUUUCAUUCUUAACCCUUAUCAUGCUGGACACAAUUGAUUCUCCCUUUGUGACCAAUGUAGAUCAUGAUCAGCCUGCACAUCCAUGCAGUCUGAUCAAGAUCUGCAGUGUUUGCCAUUCAUUCAGUAUCUUUUUGGUAAGCACCCAUUUUAACAGUUAAUGGUACUGUCCAAUUGAAAGAUAGAUAAGUUCAUUAUAGAAAUUUAGCAGGGCAAGGAUUAAGUUACACAGUGCUGAGUAGUUUUCGGGAAAAAGUGGAAAUUUAUUUUUUAUUGGAAAUUCAAAAAUUGUGAAUGUGUAAUCUUAUAUUUGAUUAUUUAUAUUAUGAUAUUUUGUGUAUCAUUAAAUGAAAUGCAAUACCAGUCUGUAAAAUCUGUAAUGCCAUGACAACCAUGUCCCAUUGUAGUUUCAAAAUCAUGUACUGUGGAAGAAAACCAGAUACUAACUGAAUGUUCAUUUCUUUAUACAGUGAAACACUGCUCGCUCGAGGUCACUAGGGGAUGAGCAAAAUGCUCGAGUUAUCCAUGGUUUCGAGCGACCCAAACAUUGACCAACAUACGAAGAAAGUUGAAGUUUGUUUUACGAAUUGUCAUGGAGACCAUUUGCAGAGGAAACGGUGAUGCGUAUUUAUAUCACACUUGUGACAUUUAAAAAAAACGUAUUACAAACGUUAUUUAUGAUAGAUCGUAAGAAACAGCUAAGACAUUUUUUUUAUUUGAAAUACUGUAAUCGAAUUCGCAAUUUUCUUCUCCAAAUUAAGAUCUCAUUUUAUCGUCUCAAUUUUAUAAAAAGGCUAUCUUAUUUCCUGUAUUUGCAUGCAAACAACUGUUGAUUAAAAUAUUAAGAUCUCAUAAUUAUUUUCUCGAUCCCGCAGAAAAAAGUAAUAAUUAAUAACAAUUUUGAUCAAUGAAAUUUUUCUUCCACCUUUCAUCAGUAAUCAAAUUCAUUAUCAGAUCAAAUAUACCGACAAACAAACAUUUAAGAUAGUCGGGGAAUAGACCAUGCAAUUCUCACGACGUGGGAAGGUUUUAAAUUAACAUUAAAUUACAUUCUGACCGCCGAAGGUGUGAAAAAUUUUGACACCUCUGCUCGAGUUUGCCAUAAGCAACAAAGAGUAAAUUAAUACACAGGGACCAGGUGUCAUGCUCGAGCGAUCGAGUUAUCGAUGCUCAACCCAGCCAUGGUAAUUUCACAUAGAAAGUAGAAGGAAAUCGGCCGGGACCACAUGAAUUGCUCGAGCGAGCCUGGGUGCUGGAGUCAUCGAUGCUCGAGCGAGGGGUGUUUCACUGUAUUUACAUUCGCCCAAUUCUUUUCCAUCGAAAAUUAUGACGUUCAUUUUGUAUGAACAGCAAAACGAAAGGUGCCAAAACUAUGACAAUGCAGCUAAGUGAUAACUGAUCGCUGUUUUGGCGAUGUCUGCAUAUAGUCAGGGAGAACGUUCCUUAGAUGACAUCACAGUUGUUCUGUCUGAUGAACAAAAUGGUCGGGAAGCUGAUUUUAAUGUUAAAUGUGCAAAAUGAACAACAGAACAAGAUCAGCAAAUUAAACAUGAAUCACACUAGCAAUUCAUGGAUUUGCGGAACAUAUUCUGUCAUACAUUUUGCAUGAACACGGAAAAAAAAUUUCAUUUCUUAAUUACCAGUAGAUGUAUUUUGUUCUAAAAUGUUUAUAUAUUAUUAAGGCUGAAUAUAGCUGAAUGUAUUUGUUAACGCUUACACAUUUUACAAAAUGUUAGUAGUUUCCUUCAUUGCGUCUGUGAUAACCAAUAACUCACCACCGAAAUCUAUAUUCAUUAAAACCAUUAGUUUAUAUGUUUGUGCAGAAAUGCUUAAUGUUUAUAUUUAAGGAGAUAGUACUUAAAAUACUUUUAUAACAUAAAACAGUGAUAAUGAACUUUUCAACACUUACAUGUGCCUCUUUAACAGUUGCAUAUAUUUUCUAUCAAAGUAUUUUUAUAAAUAAUGAUUUACAAAUGUUAUCAUGUAAAUAUAUUUAAAAGAUCAGAUGUCCCAAUUUAAAAUUCACUUGCUGUGCAGAUAUGGAAUAACACUUAAAUAUCAUUUCUUAUAUGUACUGUGAAUUUGAUUGUGGUCAUAGAGCAAUCAUGUUUGUCUGGGAGAGGUUUUAGCAGUGUUAUUUUAGACCAAAAAAAAUGAGAUAAAUAUGUCAUAUGACAUUUUAAACAUACCCCUUCAUAGAUGAAUUGAAAUCUAUUUUGAUAUAGCUUAAUGAACAUGUUUGAUAUAAAGUGCAUAACUGACAUUGAGAAAUAACAGAAAAACUUCUGGUGACAUUGUUCAUCAGUUUAAAGGAGUCUUGGAAGAGUUACUUCUUUUAAGUUUUCACAAAAUGAAAUUUUUAGUAAAUAUCAAGAGAACUUUUUUUAAUCCAAAAUAUUGUGAACAGGUAGGUUAACCACAAAUUCGGGGACCAAUUUUAAAACUUCAGCAUCAAAUUGGUAGUUCUGUAUUGUCCAAAGGUCAAGGUCAUAUUGGAGGUAAAACAGUUUUAGAUCACUUUCUUUGUCUAGUUGGUAAAUUUUCAUACAUGCACAUAUUUUUAAAUAACUUUGUAUAAAUAUUCAAUUUAGGAAGCUGAUGUGCCAUUUGACCCAAUUAAAAAAUAGUUGGUGCAUCUUCUUCAGAAUUACUUCCCUUUAAUAUGAUGAAGUGUUUCAUUACAUUUUUUUCUCAGAUUUUCCUACAGAUUAGAAAAUGAAAUGAAUUUGAUUUCUUUAUUAGAUCACCUGAACCUAAGGUUCAGGGUGAGCUAUUAGUAUGGGGUGGAUGGUCCGUCGUCCAUUGUCUGUUGUCCACAUUUUUACUUAAAUAUCUUCUCCUCUGAAACUACUGGUCAGAAGAACACCAAAUUUGGUCUGUGGCAUCAUGGUGAGGUCCUCUAUCAAAUUUUUUUCAAAUGGGGACACUCAAAUGGCCCCUUUUAGGGGCUGCUAGAGCUAAAAAUAGAAAUACCUUUAAACGACUUCUUCUCAUGAACAGCUUGAUGGAUCUUCAUCAGACUUGGUCUGUAGCAUCAUUAUAAGGUCCUCUCCCAAAUUUGUUCAAAUUGGGGCACUUUUAGGGGCUGCUAGAGCUAAAAAUAGAAAUACCUUUUAAACAACUUCUUAUCAUGAACCGCUUGAUGGAUCUUCAUCAAACUUGGUUUGUAGCAUAAUUAUAUGGUCCUCCCAAGUUCGUUGAAAUGGGGGAACUAAUGGCCCCUUUUAGGGGCCGCUAGAGCUAAAAAUAGAAAAGUCUUUUAAUUUUAAUUAAAAAAAGAAAAUUAAUUCCUUUUUAAAUUUAAUACAUUGUCACAAGCAAGAUCUAAUUAGGUCAAGGUCUACCUUAGGUGAGCAACAUAGGCCCAUUUGGGCCUCUUGUAUUAAUUUAUGUGAAAACAAAUUGACACCUCUACAUUUUUGGGAAACGGUAUGCAAAUUUAAAUGCAAGCACUAUAACAUAAUUGUCUAUGUAGCACAAUAUUGCAUAUAUAUCAUUGACAGUAUCUGUUAUUAUAGAUCAUUAGGUUAUGCUGCAUCAACUUCCUCUAGAGGUUUCUGUAUUGUAUGACAAUACUUUAUUCACAUACUUAUCAUCAUAUAAACUAGUAAAGUAUGUAGAUUUAAGUCUGAUUUAUAGCUUUAAAAAUAAUGAUGAAAUUAAAGCAAUAGAUUAUUUUCACCAACUUAGAUGUCAGGGUACUUUUUCAGAUGCCAGGGUACAUUUCACUAAUUCAUGUGAACUAUUUUGUAAUCAGUUGUAACCUUUAUUUGUUGUAGUCUUGCCGACGCAAAAUAAAUCUUAGUUUGUGUUAUUUUACCAGUAUAUUUCUUCACAGGUAGAUGUAUGUAAAAAGAUUUUUAGAUUCUGGUAUGUGUAUAGGUACGUGUAGAAAUUCAUGUUUGCAUUGUUAAUGGUCUGUUAAAACACCUCUGCCAAUUAAAAAUUUUUAUUACAUGAUAUAAUUUCUUUAUCCAAGUACUGUGUAUCUGCCAUAAACAUAUAACAUCGAACAUUUGGCAUUGUGGAAGAAGUAAAAGAAAUACAUGUAAUGUGAAAGGUAUUUCUACACGAGCCUAUAUAUAUAUAUGAUUAUUGAUUUUAGAAAUAUGUUAAUCAUUGUGUUAAUUUAAUGUGUAAUAUGCUAACAUUCAGGUGUUGAACUAUUUAAUUUGCAAGUGAAAUGUGUUUUAUUUUAUUUAAAAAUCUUGUGAUUAAAUAGGAUUUUUAAGGGUU